AUGCCACUUAUGUACGCAUGCGUGAAGGAAUUGAGAAACUUGUAUGGAAAUGAGCUUGAAAUUCACAUAAAUUAUGAGGACAGACCAGAAAACGACUACAACUCAAUCUUUUAUAAUCUGCAAGGUAAAAAAAAGCAUAUGAUAGUAAAAAUAACCAAUCACUAUUGGAUUGUUCGACUUAGUUCCUAAACUUAAGGUGAGCUGUUUUGACAACAAAACUAUUUUCUUCCUCAGUGUGAAUGUUGACAAUAUUUUAAGGAUACGGUAGACCUUUUUGGGUGUCCUUCACUAAAAAAAUUGUUAUCACGCUAUUUACAGCGUAACCACCAAAAUCUAUAUAGCAGUGGAAAGGUUAUGAAAUUCACUACUCAGCAAAUAUUAUUUAGUUUUAACCUGAUCUUAUCGUAAACUGACUUAGGCGCGACAAUCUAAAAUGGACUAUGGUUCUUUUAGCGAAUAAAUUGGGUUUCAGAUCUAGAUGCCCAGAUAAAACAUCUGCACAAUUUCUCUCCUAAGAAGUUGGUCUUCAAAACAGUGUGGGGCUUUUUCAAUAUUCCAAUUGGUUGCUUUGCAAUUUUUCUGUCAAUCGAUACAUGUGAAGUUAGAGACCAUUGCAGGAGAUCAAUUUUGAAAGACGAAAAAGCCCUUCGUGGUUUUUUAGAUUAGUAUCUGGGGAGCUUUUGGAUGAAAUUUCAAGUCAAUCGGUAAAGAUUUUAUUUCCUAUUAAUGUAAAUUCGUUCAAAAACCUCCUUCUCAGGGCCUCCUUUUUUCCUACCAAAUUUGGGGUGUUGUGCGUGAGGGAAAAUGGGAUACAGAUAUAACAUUACCAAGUGGUUGUUUAUAAUCAAACGGAAAAAAAAGAGAAAAAAAAGGGGGAGAAUAGGCUAUACCUUGAUUUUUUAACAUGUGCAACUCGUGAUAGCCUUCACAGUCAUGCACUCAUGCCGAAACCUGUUGGAGUCAUGAACACUUGCUCGCAAUCAAGCAACCCCUGGUCAUUUUUAUCCUUAGUUAAACCUGGGGUUGUACACUUUUGUUUCAGGUUUGCUGCCAAUUUCAUCCAGCUAUCUUCGUGAUUUCCCGAAUGUCUUUGUAUCUGCAACAGGAACUAGUUUUUACGAGCAAUGUUUUCCCAGUGAGUCCAUAAACAUGGGCCUUUCCUUUUUGGCUGUUCAGUGGCUGAGGAAAAAACCCUGUAAUUUGAAAAAGGUGUUGCUGCAUUGCUUCUCCGAAGUCCUGGAAGAGAGAGAUAUGUUUACCAAACAGGCUGAGAAGGACUGGGAACAGUUCUUGUUGAUGAGAGCAAAAGAACUCACUAAAGGUGCGAAACAUGUUUACACCAAUUCUGAAAAAAAUUCACGUUAAGUUUAUUGAGCCAAAGUCAGGCACUGAAAGAAAAAUCCCUAAACAGAGUUUCAUAAGUCAGAUUUCACUUCGCACUUGCUACAAAAUUAAUUUAUGUCCAUUGCUUCGGCUGUUUACCUAAAUAGACCACAAACUUGGUGCUUUAUCAGUCUGGUAUAGUCUAGAAAUAUGUGGUAUAACAUACUCACAAAAGUGCCUUUCAGAGAGGCGGUAUUAGCGUAAGGUCAUCACGUGACAGUGAAAUUUUCUUCACCAAUGUUUCUCCAUAUUCCUUAUUUAGGGUACUCCACUCUCCCCCUUUGCAUGCUGAAGAUAUGCCAUUAAUUGCACCAUCGUUAUUUACUCUAAUUAUGUUCUAUCUUUGGUUUAAGGCGGUUCUGGCACUGAUUAUAGGCUGUGCACAUGGAGAGGAAACUGAAAGUAGUGUCUCAGCUCUUGAUAUGUACAAGUUAUUGUACAACGUUUGGGAGAACAUGGAAAAAGACAAGAUCAUUUCAAAGGUUAAGUGAACUUUUCAUUAGGUUCUAUCUUUAAUUAAUGUAUACCAGACUUUUCAACAAUUUUCCUCGAGCACCUCUGGUAAAUUUUUAAAUAAGAAAACUUAAUUAAAUGAUGAGGUUUUAUCAACUGAGUUGAUGCUGUAAAUUGGCCUCCAUAGGGAGUUUCUAAAGCUAACAUUAUGAGUGUUAGCCCUUCGUCAGAGCAAGCAACAAAGGGCUAAUUCUCGAAAUGUGAGCUUUAUAAAUUAUUUAUAGUGGCCAAUUUACUUUAUUAACUGAGUUGUUAUAACCAAAUUAUCUUGUUAUACUCCUUACGGAUGCAUCACUACAGUCUAUUUAGGAAAUUAUUCCCCUUCAGUUUAAUUAAAGUUUGAUUUGCAAAUGAUUUAUAAAAUUAUAACCUAUCAUUUCAAACUAUGCUCCUCUGAUUUCAACGAUCACAAGGGUUCAUCUGUAGAUGACAGACUUUGAACCUACGUUAGAAAAGGUUCGUUAACUCUUUAACUCCCUUGAGUGACCAAGACAGAAUUUCUCCUAACAGUAUCAAUACAAAAUUAAGCAGACAAGUGUCGCGGAGAAAGAAAACUGUCCAUAAGGGGAAUGGUAGCUGAUCUAAUACAAAGUUCUCCGAAGUAACAUCAUAUGAUUUGUAUAACAUGCAGUAGGAGAACAGCUAAUGAGAUCAUAGGGGUGAAGGGGUAUUCUAGUAAUGAGGUCAUAUGUAUUCUUCUAAGGUGCCAUUUCUUUUUACACCACAGAAAGAUAUGGAAGAAAUGACCAUCCCUGAAUAUUACCGAACUCGUGAAGAACUAUUGAAGCCGUUCCUGUCAGAUGCAUCGCCGGUUAGAAACGCUGGUCUUAAUCUUGUCUCCGUGGGAUUGAAAGAGUUUCCUUUGCCAGAGAAAGCCAUGUGGGAAAGUACUGGAAACGCUAAAGCAUGUGCGAGACUGAUGACUGAACAAACUAGGGCUUAG